UUCCAGCGCAGAGUCGCAGGAGUUUAGGACUCCUCAUCGCAACAACGGUGCUCAGCCUCGCAUCCGUCCGGCAGCUCCGCAGCAAGUGGACCAACAGGGAGACUGUACUACACAACAGAGAAGCGAACUCCUUAAACAACACGGUUGCCGCAGCCUGGCGGGUUGAUGCGCGCUCAGAGAUGAAAGCGUCACUACUAAUGCUCGCCUGCGUCCUGGCUGUUGCCGUUGGCCAGGAGCCCGACUACAGCCACGGCUGUGCCCAUGGCAGCUGUUACCCGGCAACAGGAGACUUGCUGGUUGGACGAGAGAAGAGCCUGAAGGCCUCGUCGACAUGUGGGAUGAGGAGAAAGGAGCCUUACUGCAUUGUCAGCCAUUUGCAGGAUGAGAAGAAGUGUUUCGACUGUGACUCCAGGCGGCCAUAUGACCCAGUGUACAACACCAUCAAUCACCGCAUGGAGAACGUCAUCACCACCUUUAAACCUCACCGCAAGAAGUCCUGGUGGCAGUCCGAGAAUGGAAAGUCUGAUGUCAUUAUCCAGCUGGAUCUGGAAGCAGAGUUUCAUUUCACUCACCUGAUUAUGACCUUUAAGACUUUCCGCCCGGCUGCCAUGCUGAUUGAACGGUCGUCAGAUUUUGGUCGCACCUGGCAGAUCUACCGCUACUUUUCCCAUGACUGCGCCUCUGCAUUCCCCGGAGUCUCCCAGGGUCCUCUGCGCAACAUUAAUGAUGUCAUUUGCGAGUCCCGCUACUCUGACAUUGAGCCGUCAACUGAGGGAGAGGUAAUCUACAGAGUGUUGGAGCCUUCCAUCAGGAUUGAGGAUCCAUACAGCCCUAGCAUCCAGAGCCAGCUAAAGAUCACUAACUUGAGAGUAAACUUCACCAAGCUUCACACACUGGGAGACAACUUGCUAGACCCCAGAGCUGAAAUCAAAGAAAAGUAUUACUAUGCCAUGUACGAGCUUGUGGUACGUGGAAACUGCUUCUGCUACGGCCACGCCUCCGAGUGCGCCCGCAUCGAAGGCAUCAGGGCCGAUAUAGAAGGAAUGGUUCACGGCAGGUGUGUGUGCAACCAUAACACUAGGGGUUUGAACUGUGAAGAGUGUGAUGAUUUCUGCAAUGACCUGCCCUGGAGACCAGCCGAGGGACGCAACACCAACGCCUGCAAGAAGUGUAACUGUAACAGCCAGUCCAGCACGUGCCACUUCGACAUGGCCAUGUAUCAGGCCACGGGAAAUGUGAGCGGAGGAGUGUGUGACGACUGUCAGCACAACACCAUGGGACGCAACUGUGAGAUGUGCAAACCCUUCUACUACCAAGACGCUUUCAAAGAUAUCAGGGACCCACAAGUCUGUGUUGCCUGUGACUGCGACCCGGAUGGUUCUCAGAAUGGAGGGAUGUGCGACAGCCACACAGAGCCCUCCCUUGGCAUGGUGGGAGGUCAGUGCCGCUGCAAGGCCAAUGUGGAGGGGCCGCGCUGCGACAAGUGUAAGACCGGCUACUUCGGCCUGAGCGCUGAAAACCCUCAGGGCUGCCAACCUUGCCGCUGCGACCCCAGAGGAACAGUGUCAGGUCGCUCCCAGUGUGACCCCGUCAGUGGAGACUGCUUCUGCAAGCGUCUCGUCACUGGACGCAGCUGUGACCAGUGUUUGCCUGAACACUGGGCUCUGAGCCACGACCUGAACGGCUGCCGGGGCUGCGAAUGUGACAUCGGAGGAGCCCAUGACAACCACUGCUCCAUGGAGAGCGGUCAGUGUCGCUGCCGCAGCCACAUGGCAGGACGCCAGUGUACGCAGGUGGAGUCCAGAUACUUCUUCAUGGCUCUGGAUCACUUCCUGUAUGAGGCUGAGUUGGCCAAAAUGGGACAGGGCUGUACACUGGAGACCAGGGAGCACCAGCAGGGUCGGCCUGCAUCAUGGACGGGCUUGGGGUUCGCUCGGGUCCCUGAGGGGGGCACCCUGGAGUUCCUCAUCACUGACAUCCCCUACUCCAUGGAAUAUGACCUGCUGAUCCGCUAUGAGUCACAGAUGCCCCGGGACUGGGAGGAGGUGCGGAUAACGAUAGUCCGUCCGGGGCCCAUUCCCACCAGCAGCCCCUGUGGAAACACCAUCCCGGACGAUGACAGAUUCCUCGUCUCUCUGCCGGCUGGAGCCAGGUUCAUGGUCCCUCCUCGGGCUGUGUGUCUGGAGCAAGGUGUGACCUACACCCUCCGCUUUGAGUUCAGACGCUAUCAGGAUGCUAACAGUGUCCUGAACGGAGCAGUGAACGCUUUCCUGCUUGUGGACUCUCUUGCGUUGAUGCCACGCCACUCCUCCAUGGAAAUGUUCACUGCGGGAGAUGUAGCUUCAAACAACAGGAAGCAGACCUUCGAGCGCUACCGCUGCCACGAGAGGGCGAAGAGCGUGACCCGCCCUAUGAUCAGUGACACCUGCGCCAAGAUCAUUACCAGCAUGUCGGCCAUCAUCAAUGACGGGGCUCUGCCCUGUAAUUGCGAUCCUCAGGGGUCAAUCAGCGCCAUGUGUGAUGUCCGUGGGGGCCAAUGUCCCUGCAGGCCCAGUGUGAUUGGUCAACGCUGCGAUCAGUGUGCUCCAGGGACUUAUGGCUUUGGACCCUCAGGCUGCAUAGCCUGUGGUUGCAGCUUGGAAGGCGCCGUGACUCGUCUUUGUGACAAGUUCACGGGUCAGUGCCAGUGCCGCCCCGGAGCGUUCGGUCCUCGCUGUGAUGGCUGCCAGUCGGGUCACUGGGGCUUCCCCAACUGCAGACUCUGCCAGUGUAACGGACACGCAGAACAGUGUGACCAGAGGACCGGAGCCUGCAUCAACUGUAGGGACAACACCGGAGGAGACAAGUGUGACAGGUGUGGUAAUGGCUACUACGGUAACCCAAUUUUGGGCAAAGCAGCCAAUGGUCAGUGUCGCCCGUGCCAGUGUCCAGAGGGCCCCAACAGUGGACGCCACUUUGCUGCAUCUUGUUACCAGGACAACCAUAACAGACAAAUCGUCUGCAACUGUAACCAGGGUUACACAGGAGCUCGCUGUGAUGAAUGUGCUCCGGGUUAUUACGGCAACCCCUCUCAACCCGGAGGCCGCUGCCAGCCGUGCCAGUGCAACAACAACAUCGACAUGUCAGACAUGGAGGCCUGCGACAGGCGGACCGGAGAGUGCAGGAAGUGCCUCUACAACGCCGAGGGCCCCAGCUGUGGCAUCUGCAAGAGCAGCUACUUCGGGGACGCUUCCAGACGCAACUGCAGGAAGUGCACAUGUAACUUCCUGGGUACCGACCGUGAGCAGUGUAUGGAGCGUGAGGACUGUGUGUGCCAGCGUGCCACAGGGCAGUGCCAAUGUCUGCCGAACGUCAUCGGCCUGACAUGUGACCACUGCGCCCCCAACCACUGGAACCUGGCCAAUGGGAAGGGAUGUGACGCCUGCGGCUGUGACCCCAACAACUCUGUCACCUCAUCAUGUAACGAGUUCACUGGGCAGUGUCAGUGUCGUGAUGGCUUUGGUGGGAAGACGUGCACAGACUGUCAGGAGAACUACUGGGGAGACCCGAGGACACAGUGCAGAGUGUGUGACUGUGACUGGCGAGGCAUCGAGUCCUCUCAGUGCAACAGGGUGACGGGCCACUGUGUGUGCCAGCAGGGGGUGUCGGGGGUCCGCUGUGACCAGUGUGCCCGAGGCUUCUCCGGACAGUUCCCCAACUGUCAGCCCUGUCACCAGUGCUUCGGGGACUGGGACCGCAUUGUGCAGGACCUAGCAGUGCGUACAAAGACUCUGGCAGAUCGUGCCCAUGAGAUUCAGACCACCGGGCUCACUGGGCCCUAUGAGAAGGCUUUCAAGGACCUGGAGGAUAAACUGAAACGAGCUCAGGAGAUUGUCAACGCGCGCAACGCCACCGCAGCAGCCGUCGCUACACUGAUGGAGCUUAUUGAAGAUCUUAGAGCGCAGAUCGGUGAGACCACUGACGCCCUGAACCGUCUGGAGGGAGACCUCACGGUCGUGCAGGACAGCAACUCUGAGGCCAGCAAGGAGCUGAGCGCUCUGGAGAGAGAGGCUAAAGAGCUGAACCUCACCUCCCAGCAGCUGCACCGCCAACUGGACACCCUGAAAAACUCCAACUUCCUAGGUGCGUACGACAGCGUCCGUAUCUCCUACAACAAGUCUCGUGAUGCGGAGCGCCGUGCCAACGGGUCAACGACCACCAAGCCCAGCACGGUCAGCCAAUCAGCAGACACUCGCCGCCGCACCGAGCGCCUCAUCUCCGCCAAGAAGGACGACUUCAACCGUAAAAAUGCUGCCAACAAGCGCGCGCUUGGAGAUCUCAACACUAGAGCACAGGGCCUGGACCUCAAGAAGAUCAAUGAGAAGGUGUGCGGCGCCCCGGGUGACGUUCCCUGUGGUGAAAGUCCUUGUGGGGGUGCAGGUUGCCGUGACGAUGAAGGGAACCGUCACUGUGGAGGCCUAAACUGUAACGGCGCUGUGGCAGUCGCAGACAACGCCCUGGAGAGAUCGAAACACGCAGCGAAGGAGCUGAACAAAGCCAUGGGAGAGGUGGAGGGACUCUUCACCAAGGUGGCAGACGCCAAGACCAAGGCAGAGGAGGCCAAAGAAAAAGCCCAAGCAGCUCUAGACAAAGCCACGGCCACCAAGAACAAAGUGGAGCGCUCCAACAACGACCUGAGAGACCUCAUCAAGCAGAUCAGAGAGUUCCUCACUCAGGAGGGUGCAGACCCAGACAGCAUUGAGGCCGUGGCCAACCGCGUGUUGGAGCUCUCCAUCCCCGCCUCCCCGCUGCAGAUCAGACACCUCGCUGAUGAAAUCAAAGAACGAGUCCGCAGCCUCUCCAACGUGGAUGCCAUCCUGCAGCAGACGCAGGACGACGUCCGCAGAGCGGAGCAGCUGCUGCUGGACGCCAAGAGGGCCAGGCACAGUGCAGAGGGAGUGAAGACGACAGCGGAGACAGUGAAGCAGGCGCUGGCCGGCGCUCAGACGGCUCAGACGUCCGCAGAGAAGGCCAUCGCCACAGCCAAGGCUGACAUCAGGGACACUGAAGCCCGCCUGGUGCAGAUCGAGUCAGAGACCUCCAACAAUGAGAAGGACCUGACGGAGGCCAUGGACCGGCUGGGAACCCUGGGGCAGGAGAUCGCUGCCCUGAAGACCAAACGGGCCAACAACACCAUGGCAGCAGCCCGAGCAGAGGAGACCGCCACCAUGGCACGAGACAAAGCAAACGAGGCCAAGCAGAUUCUAGACGGCCAGCUGACAGAUAAAUACCAUGAGGUGCAGCAGCGGGUCGACACAAAGGCCAAGGCUGUGCAGGAAGCAAAGAAAAAGGCAGAGAGGCUCAGAGAUGAAGCAAAGGAGCUCCUGAAAGACGCCCAGGACAAGCUCCAGAGGCUAGCAGAGCUUGAGAAAAGCUACGAGGAGAACCAGAGGAGGCUGGAGGGGAAAGCUCGUCAGCUGGAUGGCCUGGAGGACAAGAUGAAAGCUAUCCUCACCGACAUCAACAAACAAAUCCAGAUCUACAACACAUGCCAGUAACUCACUGCUAUAUCAUAAAUAUCAUAAAGAAACAUGUGCAUUAUCGUAUUAUUCUGGCAUUUGAUCCAGGUACAUUAACUGUACAAAAGACUUUGAAGACAUAAUAAAUAAUAGGCGUAUUUUACCAAUCUGCAAGUCAAUCUGCAUAGUGCAAAUAUCUGUCAGGUAAGAAUGUCAAAACACUUGCUACAAUAUUAAGAUUUAUGAAUUAUAUAAACAUACCCAUAAAUAAACAUGAAAAGGUUGUAUAAUAUCACAUAUUUAAUUGUUAUUUGUGCACAUUAUUUUUGUUUUUCAAAUAAUCUGGAAAAGUGUGUUUUUAAAUGGUAUGUUUUGAACAUGAAAAAGGAAAACUAUAUUUAAGAAAACAUUUCAAUUACACUCAAAUUUGAGUGAAAGCAAUGCAAUACAAACAAUCUGCAGUUUAACCAUUAGAGUGACUGUUGUAUAAUGAGCCGGUCAAUAUAAUAUUCUCAAAAUGUUCUCUAUGUCUCUGUAACUACUGGAAGUAUAAUCUGAGCUGUGCUCAUCGCGAGAGAACUUUAUGUAUCCUGCAGUGCACAGUGGCUUCUUUCAGUAUGAAACACAACCAUUCUUGGGUACAUGAGGAAAAAAACAUCUGUUUGAUCGUUUAAAUUCACAAGUAAGAAUAAUAAUGCUUUAAUAAUUUGUUGCCAAAAAUAUUAUACAAGGUUAUAUUCAAGAUCCAUGUUAGGAUCAUGCAUUUUACAGAAUGGAGAGAUAACCAGGGUCAUUGCAUUUUUAUGAAUUUGGUCAUUUGUACCAUCUGUGUUGCUAGGAAUGCAUUUUGAAUGCACUCUGCCUUUAUACAAAUGAUGUGACAAUUUUUAGGUGAAAAUAUAACAAACAUUUUGUCAUUGCCAUGCCAAUAGAUAUUACCAACGGUGUUUUCAUGUCUGGAGUAAGAUAUGCCUAUUACCAAAUACGAAUAUUGUAAAAUGAGCGUAUGCUAACAGUGAAUGCUAAAAGCUAAUGCUAGCGCGUACAUGCUAGCCCACAGCUCUAAUGAUGCUUUUACUGGUCAGUCUACCUAUCUGUCUCUAAAUGAGUUAACUUUGGUCUACAGUGAAAGUUCUCAACUGUUAUUUAUAUCUGAUAAACAAUAAAGCGUUAAAGACUAGCUGAAAUUCCCUUGAAAAACUAAAUUGAGAAUGCAGUUUAGUUGUAUGGGGAUGUCCUUUUGUUGAAAAAGGGUUGGUAAAUGAACUCCUUUUAUAUUUUGGUAACAAAAAGGCAUUAUCAUUGGCACCUCCCUCAGGAUAAACCUUUGGAAAAUAUCCAACUAUUCCUUUUAGCAUGAACAAGAUGAUUUCUUAUGAAUGCUAAUCUAAUGAUGCACAGAUUGUGAAUGUUUGUAUCAAAUGUACUGUGAUGAAAUAUAUACAAUCUGCAGUAAUGGAUGGCAGUUUUUCAGUGUUUAAUUGUGCCUUAUAGUGUGGACAUUAAUAUCCAUGUGCUAUUUGCAUGACUAUUUGUGUUUUCUGAAACAUAUACCAAAAAACGAACUUUCCUCAGAUCGCCAUUCAACUGCUGCCAAGUGAUUUUAUAACUAAUUGCCGAAACAAGACACCAAAAAUAACUUGAGUUUAACUGUGUACAGUUUUGUGAAUAAAGGUUGGAUAACUUAACAAC